AUGCCAAAUAAAUAUUAUCCUUCCCUGAAAAAUAAUAAAGAAGUGAAAAUAUUUUAUGAAGAUGUUCAAUAUCCAUAUUUUAUCGAGCGUACACAAAAUAAAGUAUUACCGAUUUAUUCUGAUAUAAGGAAUGGCAGAACACGUAUUUUAACUGUUUUAAGGAGGAUUGAAGGUGAUACUGAGGCUUUACAUAAAGAACUUCAAAAACUUUUCCCUAAUACUUUGGUUACAAUCAAUGAUAACACUGGUCAUAUAAUAAUAAAAGGCGAUUAUCGUCAUGAAUUAAAUGAUUGGUUGACAAAGAAAGGAUUUUAA